UCAAAAAUCAGAGAGUUUCUUCCACAAGCUUUUCCAUGGAAGGUGAAGAAUUUCAGAAUCAGAAAGAAAAAGAUGGGUUUUUUCUUUGACUGCUCGGUUUUUGCUUGAAUUGUCUGCUACCGUUGAUCUCGUCGCCUUCGCAAAUGCUCGCCCGACUCCUCUUCUUCUUCAGAAACAGACCCCAACUCCUCCCACUACUCCCCUCAACCCUUAAAACGCUAACCACCACCACCACCGCCGCCACCACCACCACCACCGAUGAUGCAGCUCCAAACGACGCCGUCUCCACCAACCCCAAAGACGACUACUUCGCGGCCAUCCACCACGUGUCAAACAUCGUACGGCGCGAUUUCUACCUGGAGCGCACCCUCAACAAGCUCCGCCUCCACGUCACCUCCGAGCUCGUCUUCCGCGUGCUCCGCGCUUGCUCGUCGUCGCCCACCGAGUGCCAUCGCUUCUUCAACUGGGCCCGGACCCAGCCCAACUACCGGCCCACCACCGUCGAGUUCGAGGAGCUCAUCCAAACCCUUGCCCGCUCCCGGAAAUACGAGACCAUGUGGAAGCUCCUCCACCAGAUGAAAUCCCUCUCCCUCUCCCCCUCCCCCGAUACGCUGUCGUUCCUCAUCGAACAGUACGGCAAGCACGGCCUUGUAGACAACGCCGUCGAGAUCUUCAACAAGUGUGAGAAAUCUCUCAACUGUCCCCAAACCCUCGAGCUCUACAACGCCCUCCUCUUCUCUCUCUGCGAAUCCAAGCUCUUCAAUGGCGCCUAUGCCCUCAUCCGCCGCAUGGUACGCAAAGGCCUCGUCCCCAACAAGCGCACCUACGCCAUUCUCGUGAACGCCUGGUGCUCCGCCGGAAAAAUGAGAGAGGCGCAGGAAUUUCUUGCCGAAAUGAGCCGGAAAGGCUUCAAUCCCCCGGUUCGCGGCCGCGAUCUCCUUAUCGAAGGCCUGUUGAACGCCGGAUAUCUCGAGUGCGCCAAGGGAAUGGUCACGAAAAUGGCGAAGCAAGGCUUCGUGCCCGAUGUGGCAACCUUCAAUUUGCUGACCGAAUCGAUAUGUAAGACCGGCGAGGUCGAAUUCUGCUUAAAUCUGUACAAUGCGGCGUGGGUCGGGGGACUUUCGCCGGACAUCAAUACCUACAAGAUUCUGAUACCGGCGGUGUCGAAGGCGGGGAGGGUAGACGAGGCGUUUAGGCUGUUGAACGAUGCUGUGGAGUACGGGCAUAAGCCGUUUCCGAGCUUGUACGCGCCGGUGAUGAAGGCCAUGUGUAGGAAUGGCCAGUUCGACGAUGCAUUUUGCUUCUUUAGCGAUAUGAAGGCAAAGGGGCACCCGCCGAAUAGGCCGGUGUAUACUAUGUUGAUAACGAUGUGUGGAAGGGGGGGGAGGUUCGUGGAGGCUGCUAAUUAUUUGGUGGAGAUGACGGAGCUGGGUUUGGCGCCGAUUUCGCGGUGCUUCGACAUGGUUACUGAUGGGUUGAAGAAUUGUGGGAAGCAUGAUCUGGCACAGAGGAUUGAGCAGUUGGAAGUUAAUAUCCGAGGCGUUUGAUUGAUGGCGGAAUAUUGAAUGUUAGCUGAGGCUGUAAUUCUUGUUUUGUCUGUGGUGAAGCAUGAUGAGUAUUUGUGGGCAUUGAAGGCUGUAAUUCUUUUCUCAGAAAUCACUAUAUGCUUUAGCUGAGGCUGAGAUGAUUGAUUAUGACUCUAGUAUGAAAUGUGGGAUUAUGAAAUCAGCAGUGGGCGACCAUCAAGACAGAUUGGAGGUUCAGACCAUACUAUUGAGUUUUGGUAUCGGAGAGCUUGAUAUGGGUUUCAGCUUCUUUGACCAAGUGAUUAAACCAACUGGUUUGUUUGAAUGGAAGCUCUCUUAUUUGUAGAUAAAUGUUACAACAUUUUGAGUCUAUAGUUGGCUGGUGAAUUGCUUGCCCAACUCCAAAUGAUACUACUGUUACCAAGGGAAGACAUCAUUGUCAUGACACAACCGUAAGGCAAUUAACCACAAAAUUAUUCAAGAAAUUCUAGUUAUUUCUGUACAAUUCCUCAACA